AUGUCUCUCUCGGCCCCGACGCCACCGCUGCUUCUCACCAAGCGCCUCACCUCAUUCUUGCGCUCCAACCUGUCACCCCAGAUCCACACCGCCCUGCUGACGACCCUGUCGGGCAAGCUGCUCUCGCACGCCUCCACCCACCCUGUCAGCACCCUGCGCACGCAGUGCACCGUUGCUGCUUCUGUAUGGGGCAUAUAUGCCGCCUCAGGCACGGCCACGGCUGUUUCUGACGCGCUUCCGCCGGCACCAGCCGGCACAGCUCGUGGGGGUUCGAAAUCUACCGCCGCUGUGACGAUACAGCUCAGCGGCGGCGUCCUCGUCGUUAGGAAGCUCAGGUGCGGCCUCCUAUUUGUGUGUAUCGGACCCGCCCCCGACGGGGCCAGUACUGGUGCAGACCAGCAGAACCAGCCGGCCUGGUCUGCGGUCGGAGGAGCACAGCAGAGUCAGGUCGUACAAGCACCACAGCCACAGCACCACUCAUCCAGAGAAGAGACGCAUUCGAGUCCACCACUGGGAAGCCCGAGCGAGGUCGAGAGUGUGGUGAGCGCGGCACCGACGACAACAAGUGUUACGACAACUGGGAGUGUGAGCGCCGGCGCCGUCGUACAGAUGCGGAGACAGGCAGAGGAAUUGGCGCGAUGGCUAGAUGACAAACUCGGUAGCUUAGCCGUGCCGGAGGAAGGCAGUGGAAUGGAAGUACGGUAA